AUGGCAAGGAAGUUGAUGAAGGUUCCAUCCAUUAAGAGAAUGAUCUCUUCACCAAGAGCUGAUAAGCUCUAUGAUUUCAGUGAAUGUAGUACAUCAUGUGUUGCGGAGAAGGGCCAUUUCUUUGUUUACACAUCCGACGGGAAGCGAUUCAUGAUUUCCUUGGCAUAUCUCACCAAUAAUAUCUUCAAAGAGCUCUUGAGGAUAUCUGAAGAAGAAUUCGGUUUGCCAUGUGACGGUCCAAUCACACUACCCUGUGAUGCAGCAUUCAUGGAAUAUGUGCUAUCUUUGCUAGGAAGAGGAGUGUCUAAGGAGAUAGAGAUGCAAUUGCUUAGCUCCAUCUUCGUCUCUCGCCAAUCAGCAUGUUCAAUGCUUGCUGUUGAGCAACCUCAACAAUUAGCAGUUUCAAAUCUGGUUAAAGUCAUAAUGCUUGAUAUGGUCUAUUCGUUCAGUGCUACACUCUGCUACUUUAUGACAGUGAUUGCCAGUUUGAUGAGUUCCAUCAAUUCAUGA